CGGCCAUGAUAAGCGCAGAACACCUUAUCUAGUUUACCACUGCACGACAGAUGAGAACGCCUCUCUCUCUUCUUAUCGCAAUAACCAUCUCAAAUUCGAAUGGUACUGUGUUAACAAAAAGGGGAACCUAACAAAAAGCCUUUUUUUUUUUUUUUUGACAAGGAACCUAAGAAAAUCCAAAAAGCCAUGAACAAGAAUCUAUUGUUAGUUGUAACAACAACAACGUUAGUGGCCAUCGUCUCAAUUCUCCUAACAAGUCCAACUAAACUCCUUGGACCACCUACCAUCCCAACAUCUCAUGACCAUCUUCACUCUGCGAAGAUCCUUCAUGUCAGUGGAGCUGUAGGGCCAGAGAGCUUGGUUUUUGAUCCCAAUGGGGAAGGACCCUAUACUGGUGUUGCCGACGGUAGAGUUCUCAAGUGGAUUGCAGGAGAUGAUGGUAGUGGAAGCUGGACUGAUUUUGCCACCACCAGUUCUAAUCGGAACGAGUGUGUUCGCCCAUUUGCUCCUGAAAUGGAACAUGUCUGUGGAAGGCCAUUAGGACUCAGAUUUGAUAAGAAAACUGGAAAUCUCUACAUUGCUGAUGCUUACUUGGGUCUUCAAGUUGUUGGUCCAACUGGAGGUUUAGCCACGCCACUUGUCACUGAAUUAGAAGGCCAACCCAUGCGCUUCACCAAUGAUUUGGACAUUGAUGAGCAGGAAGAUGUGAUUUACUUCACAGAUACGAGCAUGGUCUUCCAAAGAAGACAAUUUAUGUUAUCAGUCUUGACCAAAGACAAGACGGGUAGGUUACUGAAAUAUGAUAAAUCAAGCAAAGAAGUAACAGUCUUAGCACGAGGCCUCGCUUUUGCCAAUGGUGUUGCAUUGAGCAAGGAGUCUACCUUUCUGCUAGUAGCUGAAACCACAACUUGUCGGAUUUUAAGGUUUUGGCUUCAUGGCCCUAAUGCUGGAAAGUCUGAUGUUUUCACCGAGCUUCCAGGAUUCCCAGACAAUAUCAGAAGAAAUUCAAAAGGGGAGUUCUGGGUGGCUUUGCAUUCGAAAAAGGGACUUUUUGCGAAGGUGGUGCUUUCAAAUUCAUGGAUUGGGAAAACUUUGUUAAAAUUUCCACUCAGCUUCAAGCAACUGCACUCACUGUUAGUAGGAGGAAAGGCACAUGCAACUGCGAUAAAGCUGAGCGAGGAAGGGAAAAUUCUGGAUGUCUUAGAAGACUGCGAUGGAAAAACAUUAAGGUUUAUUAGUGAAGUAGAGGAGAAGGAUGGUAAGCUCUGGAUUGGUUCAGUACUUAUGCCUUUUCUUGGCACUUACAACUUGUAAUCGAAAUGUUUCGCAGAAAGCUCCUGUGUAAGAAUUUUACCCCAACUUUCCUUUUCAUUUCCUUGUGGUUAGAAAACAACUAGAGUAAUAAAGAAAGAAAAGGGUGAACAAGCA